AUGAUGGAGACUAUCCGCCGAGCCUCAAAGCGCCUUCUCGAGAGACAACAAGAAAAGGCCCCGAACGAUAAAAAGGAAAACGAGGAAAAGAAGAUUGCCAAGGAGGAGACCGCUGAGGAAGAAAACACCGCAGAGGAAGAAAAACCCGCAGAGGGAGAAAAGAAGAAGACGGCGAAGGAGAAAAAGAAAAACACAAAAAAGACCGAGAAAAAGACCAAAAAGACCACCACAAAGGCCAAAUUUGUUCCGCCUGCCCCGUCCGGAGAGGUCUCUUCUCAACCUGCGGCUUCACGGAAGCUUAAGAAGAAGGCCCGGCCGGAGCCAAAACCUCGGCCUCAGACUGAGCGGAAAAUGAGACCGCUUGGGGAAUAUCCAUCGGUCGCCGAAUACAAGGCUGCUGGCGUGAGACCGCUCUCCGCUCAACAAAUUGCGGAGCGCGUCGCGGCCGCUACCGCCCACAUCCCGCGCCCCGUUCAAGAUGGGCGCCUGAGCGGUGUUGAGAACUCCGCCGCCGACGAUCUCUAUGAUGAUGGACUUGCCAAAGAAGCGGCGGUUGCCUCGAUAUCUAAAGAUGUCGUAUCCCCCGCUGGUGCGACCACUCGCAACACCCCCAUCCGGGACGACGAGAGCCUCCGCGUCACUCCCGUUGAGCCGGUUCCCUUUGCAAGUGCAGAGGAUAACGAGUAUGUCGCCGUGCUGAGGUCAAUCCCGCUUCCACCGUCCGACAAAUAUGAUCUCCUCAAACUCCGAGCGGUCAUCAAGUUCGCCAUCGCCCACGCCAUCGAGAGUGGCAGUGAGCGAUCAGCUCUGAGUCUGCUGUACCUUUGGUCCAAUGCAGUAGAUGAUGAAUUCCAGAUUUCUCUGAUUGCCAGCAUCUCCGAUGACAGUGCUGACGAUCGACUGCGACUUGCUCUCAUGGCACUGCUCAAGCACAGUUACGAUGAUGCCCGUCAGUGGUACCUGAACUACGUCCGGCCUGAUUCAGAUGAUCCUGUCUCUGGAAAGGAGACCAGCCAGCCUACUGCUGAUACUAUUAACGCGGAGGACAUCUUCAAGGUCUCCGACAUCUAUCGUGACACAACUGGUCCUCGACUUGAGGAAGCAUUUCUCAGUGGGAAAACGAACACGGCGCCUCUAAAGAGGCCCAAGAAGCCUGUUCGGUCCAAUGAGAACGCGCACAGACGCAAACGCAAGUGGGAGUCAGAUCCCAAUCACGACGCAAACAUGCUACAGAAGCGUGCCCGUUUGCCACAGCUGUCGAAGAUUGACAUCAUUCCCGAACAAACCAGUGCAGUUCGUGAUGAGAUCGGUCCGCCAGAUGCUAUUCAGCACCCUUACACAAUUAACAACGCUGACCCAAUUACCGCCGACCCAAUUGAUCGGUCGCGUUCCCUCCCUGUUUUUACUGGGUCCAUUCUUGACCUUCCCCUCGUCAGGGCUUCAGAACCUCCGGAGUCAGUCGUUUCUGACCGGCGCCAGAACGAGCUGGCUGGGCGCGAGCGCUCGCUCUCUAUUGACACGACCCUCUCGGAUUUGUCGUCGAUGUCCAACUCUGUUUACUCUGGCCGUUUCAACAAUUGGUCUGGACCACACCCACCUCGGCAGAUGCCAAACUCUAUCGAUCCGCCAGACAACAGUGAUGAGUGCAGCAAGUGUGGCAAGGGAGGGAAUCUUCUGUGCUGUGAUACAUGUCCCAAUUCGUACCAUUUCAAAUGCUUGGAUCCUCCCUUGGAUCCCAAGGAUCCUCCGAAAGGUGACUGGCACUGCCCUAAGUGCUCUAUCCGCAACAGUUUCUCGACGCUGAUCGCGCGAGGUGGCUACUAUAAGAAAACGGAGUACCGGGUUCCUGGGCCCAUUAAGGAGUAUUUUGAAGGAGUGGGUGAGAUGAUCAUCUCUGAUGAAGAUGGUUACGCUCGCAAUCCGAAGAAUUUCAGUUACUACAAAUUGAAGCCCCACAUCGAGCGACUGACUAAGGUCCCGGGGCCAGUCAAGGAAGGGGGUCACACUCUGGUCUCGUAUGACCAUCCCUAUCAUCUCCGAGAAUUUGAUACCAACGGGCAAAUAAUCCGUUGCGCAAAGUGUGCCGGCACGACAUACGGUGGCCGGCCGAUUGUUCAGUGUGAUUACUGUGCCUGCCGAUGGCACCUUGACUGCGUUUCUCCGCCCCGGGCGGCUCCACCGAAUCCCUGGAAAGGGUGGAUGUGCCCAAAUCAUGUCACCUCUGAAGACAUGGUUGCAACCAAAACCUUUGACGGGGAGACGCGGCCGCGUCGCGUUCGGCGGCCGCGAAAGAUGGCUUUCAUGGACAGUGACUUGAUUGUCACUGAUGACCCUGACGAGAGUCGGUUCGAUGACGACUGGAGGGGGAAGAGGGCACGCGUGUCUGCAGGGGACGUCGUCCUCAACUUCAUCACCGCAGUCAAGCAAGACCACGGCGAACGUCAUCUCAAGGAAAAGGAAAUCGAGCGGAAGUGCAUGGAUUUGGCCAAUCAGAUGAUCGAUGAGUUCCUUUCAAAUCAACGGAGUCGAGCUGAAACCUCGGGCGCUGCCCAUAUUGCGUCAGGUCUCCCUGAGGCCUACAAAGAAAAAAUCUCUAACGCUGUCCGGACCCUGAUCGCUAGGGGCCGAGAGAUCGACGCGGCGAACGCUCUUCUUUCCAUGGCCGGUGGCCAGGCUUCUUCCGUCAGCGAAGGCCACAUCGCCGACGCUGCUGAAGUCAGUGACCCCUCUGCUCCCGUUUCGAAUACCUCCUCUACCCCUAUUUCGUUUGCUUCUGAGGAAGACUCCGAGACCGAGAUCGCCCCUCCCAUCCCUGCGUCGAGUCGCAAGCGCUCACGUUCAGACGACCAGGCUUCGGAGGAGCCGGCGCAAAAGCGCCAAUUCACCAAGAAGUGA